AUAGAGUUUAUCACUGUAGGAGUUUAGCUUGUGAAGAGUGUGAAGUGUAUAUAUUAUACACCAAUACACCUCAUCCUACCAUUAUUUCAUCAAUUAUCCUGCCUACUCCCUAUGGUCGAGUGUGAGUGGUCAUCCCUGGAUUCCCUGGUAUCAAUGAGAGGGUAUUCCUAAUGAAUGCCUACAUUGAUGUGCGAGUUGAUGUGUAAUGACUAUGUUUAAGAAGGCAAACUGGGAUUCGGAUGUCUUAGGUCAAGAAAGCUAUCAAGAAUUAUUCAAGAAAUCGAGACAAAAAUCUAAUAUCGAAGUCAAAAUAAGGAAGAAGAAACAUCAUGUUAUCAAUCAAAUGUCAACUGAAAAAAUUGAAUUAUCAACCAAAAAAACAGACAACGACGGAACAGAUAUUAAAGUUACUAAAAAGGCCAACAACAUUAAAAACACGGAAAAAAAAUUGAAACUCAUUCCAGAAACAGGAAGUAGUGAAAUUCUAACAAAAAGUAGAAAGAAACGAAUGAAAAAACUGAAAAAAAAGAUGAAGUAUCAAAAUGAGGACAAAGACAACAAUGAAGGGUAUAAAAAUAGUAAUAUUGGCAGCAAAAGUAAAAGUAUCAAUGCAAUUUUCAAUAAUAAACAAGAUAAGUUAGGAAAGAAAUACACUAAACUGAAUGGACAACCAAGGCAGGAAAUAUCGAAAGCGAAAUUGAAGAAGAUUGAUGAAUAUCGAAGUUCUGCUGACGACGUAGGAACAUUGAUGAAGAAAUUCAAGGUUGGUCUAAAAAAGGCAGAGAACUUGAAUAAUGGCCAACAACGUACGAUUUUAAACAAAUCUGUGAAUGUCAAACACAAAAGAUAUGAUUUAGUUGUUGGAGAUGAAUUAAUUUCUACUAGAGUAAAUGGUGUUGAUUUAAGAAAACGCAAGUUUCUUGAUAAAUUGAAAGUCACAUUAGGUGAAACAAGAGUAGAGAAAACGACAUUGUCACUGCGACAAAGAAUGUUGGAAAAAUUGAAGGCAGCAAGAUUUCGUUUUCUUAAUGAAGAGAUUUAUACAUCUGAUAGCAAGGAAGCCCAAAAAAUAUUCCAUAAUGAUCCUGAAGCUUUUGAGGCUUACCAUGAUGGAUAUAGACAACAGGUGAAAAGAUGGCCUUUGAACCCUCUGGAUAAUAUCAUAAAGAGUAUACAUAAAAUGCCGAAAACUCUUAUAGUAGCUGACUUGGGUUGCGGGGAUGCAAGGCUAUCGAGGUCAAUACCACAAAAAGUAUUUUCUUUUGAUCUUAUAGCAGUUAAUGAUUCAGUUACUGCAUGUGAUAUGUCCAAACUACCGUUGGAAGAUGGCGUUAUCGAUGUAGCAGUGUUUUGUCUAUCACUUAUGGGUACAAAUCUCGAUGAUUACUUGAUAGAAGCACAUAGGGUUAUGAAGGACAAUGGAAUCCUGAAAAUUGCUGAGGUAGAAAGUCGAUUUGGAGAUGUUGACAAAUUCAUCAACGACUUACAGAAAUAUGGUUUCAGGAACACGCUGAAGGACUUCUCCCAUAACCUAUUUUACUUCUUAGACUUCAAGAAGCAAAGUAGCAUCAGGAAUAAAAAAACAUUACCAAAAUUAACAUUACUUCCUUGUUUAUAUAAAAAACGUUGAAUUAAUAACUAUCACAAAUAAUAUUCUUAUAUCAAUGAAAAUAAAUUAGAUAAUGUUCUAAUCCAAUUUUGUCUGAUUCGAAACUUGCUUGGGGUUUUCAACUCCAUCUAACACAUCUUCUGCUUCCUCUCUCAAAUUUUCCACUUUUUCGAGC